UAUUAGUGAGAUUUAUCAGUGCUACAUGUUACGAACAGCAAUCAUGGCUCAGCCACCUGAAUCGGUGCCGGUGCAUUGCUACACGAAUCCGUCGUUUUGCCGUCAAUCGGAGUACAUCCCGGACGAUCAUGUUAACGAUCUACCGCCGCCGCCACAGCAAUUUCAAGGAAGCGACGAUUUACCGCCGCCUCCGCCGCCGUUGCAAUUGCAAUGUCACGUCGUGGGUCAGAGCAAUCCGGCCUUCCAAGCUCCGCCAGAGACAACGCUGAAUGUCUGUGAGUCGCGGGAUCGGUAUUGUUAUUUGGAAGGUAACAGGGCCCCCACGCACAGGAGAUACGCCAGUCUUCCGGUGGAGGAGUCUCGCGUGACUUACAACCAGUCCUUAAGAUACGAAUACAUAGAGCAGGACGAGGCGGAGAGAAGCCAGUUGCCGCGCAGGAACUCGUCGAGGUACGAGUUCAUUCCACACCAGCAGGUGCAACAACGUUCCGCGCCAGCAACCAACCAAGACGAUCGAGGAGGGCCGCAGACGCGAACGUGUCGUAGCAAUGCCGGUAGAUAUGCUGUUAUACCGGGUGAUCAAGAUUACCAAGAAGAUGACUCGCAAUGGAGCAAUUCAAAAUCGCCACCUCGACAUAUCAACACUCCGCAGGGUCGUUACGUCAGAGUGCCUUUGCAAGAAGAAAUUCCGCCAGCGCUUCCCGACAGAAACGUACAAGAACUCUCGGUAUCUCCGAAGAAUAAUUUAGCUACUCAAAAAUUACACGAAAUAUUAUCUACACCCAGAAAACCGAGAUCCAGGUCUGAAGAGAGAACGUUAUCACCGAAGAGGCAACAAUCUUUCAAUCAAACCACCACACCGCAACGAAGGGCGCUCACUCCUGGCGGAUCUCCAAAUGGUCGCACUUUUAGUCCAACGCGUACGACUCCUCAAAACACACCUCAGCGAGCCUUCUCGCCUAUAGGACCUCAGACUUCGACACCUAAUAAAGAAUCAUCAGCUCGCAGAUGUCUUCCUCUGUUAGAGAACUCGUCACGACAACAGGAUCUUUGUCCAGCCAAUAAUUGUGGUCGACUUCGUUAUGUCGGUACUGCCCCAGUCGAUUUAAUGAAUAUGAGUCAUGAGCCACCACCUCGCUAUGCUUACACAGAAAACGGUCUUGAGUCCAUGCCGAUGAUGUCUGGAUCGUCCAAGUAUCAAAUGAUACCUGCUGAUAAGAAAAAUUAUCAAAGCGUAGAAAGCGCAUUUUUGGCUCGAACUGCCGUCGUACCACCAUUAUCUCCACCGAAUAGCGAUGCAAAUACCACUCUGGCGAGCAAUUUGGAAAAAAGUGAUAGAAAGAGCGCACCAAUACUUCUCAUAUUAGUCGGUCUUCUUACAUGCGGUCUUGCCUUGUAUCUGUCCUGGUCGCAAGGAAGAAGAUACUAUUUUGACAGUGCAGUCGGUUGCGGUGCCUGCUGUGCUUUAGCAGGUGCAUGUAGAAGUCUGCGAAGGACCUGGACAGGACUCGGCCUAGCUGGACUGUCGGCAUUGAGCUGUGCUGGUCUUUUGCUACUUGCAGCUAAAUCCCCAAAGGAUGGCACACCUCUUCACGACGUCACUGCCGGUGCUCUGUGCGGUGUGUCGGUUUUAGGCGCUGCUUUAGCCAUGGUGGCUCUUCUGAAACCAAAAUGCAAUCUUGGACGUCACAGACGAGUACAUUCUUGGAUACCACGGUUCUCUCCUUAAAUCAUAAUGCCAUUC